GGAGGCGGAGGCGCGGAGCCUCCCCCGCGAUGGCAAUUCCGUUAUUUCUGCCUCAAAAGGCCCCAAAUGCCAAACCCCCCAACACUUAUCGUCUACACUCUACACCAAAAACACGAAAAAAAAUGAUAUUCUAAUCGCAGGACACGACUUCCAUUGGACAAUAAAUUCUCUCUUAUUUCAGAUUAGAUCUACGGCAUAGAUAAUGGCGCCGAAGUGGAUGAACUAGGGUCUCGCGGUUGCCUCUUUGCGGUUGUGUGCGUGGAGUUUGGGGUUGUUCUUGAAGGGGCGGUAUUGAAAUGGCGACUGCGAACCCGUUUGAUUUAUUGGGGGAUGAUGAUGCGGAAGACCCCUCGCAGCUGAUCGCUGCGCAGCAGUUGAUCGCUGCGCAGCAGCAGAAGCCGGCGUCGGCGCCGGCGCCGAAGAAGGCCUUGGCUACGUCUCAAGCUACGGCGCAGCAGAAGGUGGCACCGGCUGCAAAGAUGCCGUCGAAGCCUCUCUCUCCAGCCCAGGCUGUGAGGGAGACAAAGAAUGAAACUGGGCGAGGCGGAGGUCGAGGCAGUGGCCGUGGAUAUGGGCGAGGUCGUGGUGGUGGAUUUAAUAGGGACUUUGUCAACAAUGAGAAUGUGUUCAGCAAUAGUGGAGUUCCUGGUGGUCAAGGUGCCAUUGAAGAUGUUGAUGGUGGAAAUGCCUCUGAAAGGCGUGGCUAUGGUGGACCUCGUGGUGCUUAUCGUGGUGGUCGUCGUGGUGGUUUUAACAAUGGAGAAGUAGGGGAUGGGGACCGCUCUCGUAGGGUAUAUGAACGCCGUAGUGGCACUGGGCGUGGAAAUGAAUUCAAGCGUGAAGGGUCUGGUCGUGGAAAUUGGGGAACUGAGACUGACGAGGUUACUCGGGUAACUGAAGAAGUUAAUGAAAGCGAGAAGGCUGUUGAGAAGCCCCCAAGAGAGGAAGAUGCAGUGGAUGACAACAAGGAGAGCCCUAUAAAUGAAUCUGAGGAAAAAGAGCCUGAGGAUAAGGAGAUGACACUUGAGGAGUAUGAAAAGGUGCUGGAAGAGAAGAGGAAGGCUUUGCAGGCACUCAAGACCGAGGAAAGGAGGGUUGAUGUUGAGAAAGAGUUUGGAACCAUGCACCAACUUUCAAACAAGAAGCGCAAUGAUGAUGUCUUCAUCAAAUUGGGCUCUGAUAAGGAUAAGCGGAAAGAAAUUGCUGAAAAGGAAGAGAGAGCCAAGAAGUCUGUCAGCAUAAAUGAGUUCUUGAAGCCAGCUGAAGGGGAGAGGUACUACAACCCAAGUGGUCGUGGCCGGGGGCGUGGUCGCGGUUCCAGAGGGGGAUUUAGUGGAGGCAACACAAUAAGCAGUGUGGCAGCCCCUUCCAUUGAAGAUCCUGGGCAGUUCCCAAUCUUAGGUGCCAAGUGAGGUUUUAUCCUACCCCAGUUUUAAUCUCUUUGGUUUUUCCUAUAUUGGGUUCUUUCCUUUGAUCUUUGACCAGGAAGUUUAACUAGAAUAAUGGGGUUUCCUGUAUCAAAGGGAUUUCUUAAAUUUUAUGCAGCAUUUAAAGUGUAAAUUUCAAGUGUUUUGUUAUGUGUUUUUUUUUUUUCUGUAGUUUGGGUGGUAUGUUUUAUCAACUGUUCUGAGGAUUUGAGGCAUAUUUAACAAUUUAUUUUUGAUCCGAAUUUUAUUAUUGCUCA